AAAAAAAAAAGCCCUAGAGGUCGUACCGGAGGCCGUUCCCUGAGUCUUUUUGCCGUCGCGAGCCCUCCUUCCGAUCCGAUUUCAAGCUGCCUAUGGGAUUGAGAGCCUGAAACCACUCAUUCGAAAUUCGAAUAUCUACAUAUUGAUUACGCCUCGCCUCGAUUAAGACAAAAUGCGCAUCUGAUUCCUGAUUCCGCCUUUUAGAACUAUGAUUUUCUUUUUGUUUGUUUAGUACUGGAGAUGGGGUCUUAGGUCAAUGUUAAUCAGAUUAUGAGGGAAGCAUAAUGUCUGAUGAAGCCGGACAGAUGCUAGUGGUUUAUGAUGAUCCUUCAGACCAUCGAUCGUUGUCGAUAGAUGAUACGAGCAGCACUGAGGAAUCGCUCGAUGAAACUAGGCUUUCCUUAGAAACUACGAAUGAUACAAUUCCAUACAUUGGGCAAAGAUUUGCCACUCAUGAUGCUGCUUAUGAAUUCUAUAGUGAAUUCGCAAAGCGAUGUGGAUUCUCAAUCCGGAGACAUCGUACGGAGGGAAAAGUUGGAGUUGGAAAAGGACUCACGCGGCGUUACUUUGUUUGCCACCGAGCUGGCAAUACCCCUAUCAAAAACUCCAAUGAAAGCAAACCUCAAAGGAAUAGAAAAUCCUCCCGAUGCGGGUGUCAAGCUUACAUGCGUAUUAGCAAGGCAGCAGAGUUAGGAGGGCCGGAAUGGCGAGUCACGGGUUUUGCAAACCAUCAUAACCAUGAACUGUUGGAGCCAAACCAAGUUCGUUUCCUUCCCGCGUAUAGAACCAUCUCAGAGUCAGAUAAGAGUCGAAUCCUUAUGUUUGCUAAAACAGGAAUGUCAGUGCAACAAAUGAUGAGGCUUAUGGAGCUUGAGAAAUGCGUGGAACCAGGAUAUCUACCGUUCACUGAGAAGGAUGUGAGGAAUCUGCUACAGUCAUUCAGGAAGCUAGAUCCUGAAGAGGAGAGCAUCGACUUAUUGAGAAUGUGCAAAAACAUUAAGGAGAAAGAUCCCAACUUCAGAUUUGAGUACACCCUUGAUUCAAACAACCGACUUGAGAACAUUGCUUGGUCAUAUGCAUCAUCACUCCAGUCGUAUGACAUAUUUGGCGACACACUGGUGUUUGAUACGACUCAUCGAUUGACUGCAUUUGACAUGCCACUUGGUAUAUGGGUUGGAAUGAAUAAUUAUGGUAUGCCUUGCUUCUUUGGCUGCGCGCUUCUACGAGAAGAAAAUUCGAGGUCGUUUUCAUGGGCAGUGAAGGCAUUCUUAGGGUUCAUGAAUGGAAAGGCCCCUCAGACGAUACUCACUGACCAAAAUAUGUGUCUUAAAGAGGCAAUAAGCAUGGAAAUGCCAACCACUAAACAUGCUCUUUGCAUAUGGAUGAUUGUGGCAAAAUUUCCUUCAUGGUUUAAUGCAGUUCUAGGGGAACGCUACAAUGAGUGGAAAGGAGAGUUUUAUCGACUUUAUAAUCUGGAGUCGAUACAGGAUUUUGAGCUAGGGUGGAGAGACAUGGUAAAUUCUUUUGGGCUUCACACAAACAGGCAUAUUAUCAACUUAUAUGGCUUACGCUCACUUUGGGCAUUACCUUUCUUGAGAAGCUACUUUUUUGCUGGAAUGACUACAAUUGGCCAGUCGAAGUCCAUUAACGCUUUUAUCCAAAGAUUCUUGAGUGCACAGACCAGGCUUGCCCACUUUGUAGAACAAGUAGCUGUUGCUGUUGAUUUCAAAGAUCAAGCCGGCGAACAACAAACAAUGCAACAGAAUCUCCAAAAUAUAUGCCUGAAAACAGGGGCCCCCAUGGAAUCACAUGCUGCCUCAAUUCUAACUCCGUUUGCCUUCUCUAAGCUCCAAGAACAACUUGUUUUGGCCGCCCACUAUGCAUCUUUCCAGAUGGAAGAUGGCUUUCUUGUUAGACACCAUACAAAAGCCGAGGGAGGUCGGAAAGUAUAUUGGGUUCCUCGGGAAGGCAUCAUCAGUUGCAGCUGCCAUCAGUUUGAGUUCUCUGGAAUUCUCUGUCGGCAUGCCCUUCGUGUACUCUCAACGGGAAAUUGCUUUCAAAUCCCUGACAGGUAUCUUCCCAUCCGUUGGCGUCGGAUCAGCACUGCUGGAAAACUUUAUCAGAAUAAUUCAAGUGAUAAUACAGAGAGAAUUCAGUUUUUGCAAAACUUGGUAUCCGCUCUCGUAACAGAAUCUGCCAAGUCGAAGGAGAGGCUAGAUAUUGCAACCGACCAAGUCUCGAUUCUCUUAUCUCGGAUACGGGAGCAGCCGGUUUCAUUGCAAAACACGCGAGAGACAUUUCAUAGGAAUAUUUAAUCUAAUACUAUACCUUAAAGAACUAGCAUAGUACCAAUUUUUUGUGGAAAGUAGAAUAUGUUGAGAUCUGGAAAAUGAAGGAAAAUGUAAUCUGGAUGAGAUGUGUAUAAAGGCUAAUGGAUUGGAUAGAAUUUGCACGUGGCUUUAAGUUCUUUUGCAUGCCAUUUUUGUAGUUUUGGUACAUGCAAAUAGUUUUACUUUUAUUUUUUGUUAUUUUGACCCAUAUGACAUUCAAAAUGCUAUAUUCUUACUGGAAUCGCUCGUGGAAAAUUAUAUGCGAGGAAAAGAAAU